AUGCCCUGGUCUAUUGCUCUCCCGCAGGCGAUCUUCGCCUCGCCCAUCAUUUCCGUCGCGACCCCGAUGGCCGGCGGUUCUCUCAUCGGCUAUCUCGUCAACGGCGGUGGCAGCACGAAGCGCAAGUACCGAUCCCUGCGCCAACCUCCCUUCUACCCCCCUGUCUGGGUCUUCCCGCCCGUCUGGACCUUCCUGUACGCGACCAUGGGCUACGCCAUCCACCGUGCCACCGUCACCGGCACCGUCACUUCCCUGACCGACCCCUCCGCGACCACCCUGCAGGGCUGGGCCUCUACCGCGCAGACUCUGUUCAGCACACAACUAGUCUUCAACUACCUCUGGAUGCCGCUGUUCUUCUCCGCGCGGAAACCCAGCUACGCGUUGGCGGAUCUCGUCCUGCUCGGAGGCAACGUGGCGGCGCUGAUUGGGACCCUGUGGAACAAUGACCGCACGGCGGCUUUGAUGCUGGUGCCGUAUGCCCUGUGGACUGGGUUUGCGGCGUACCUGAAUGUGGGAGUCGGGGUGUUGAAUAACUGGACGAUUGAGGAGAAGAAGCGGGAGGAGUGA